AUGGCUGAAGGGUCAAACUCUGCGAAAGCACUCGCCAAAGGUGCGAUGCACAUAUCGAAGCGUAUAGUUCUGUCCUAUCUCAUCGACUGGAUCUUGAUCUUUGUUAUUGCUGGAAUUGGAGGUGCCUUCAACAGACUGCAACAUUCUAACCACCGACCUUUUUCUCUCCAAGACCCGAGCAUCUCAUAUCCUCUUCGUCCCGAUACAGUAACGGUCUCAGUUCUACUCGUCGUCGCACUCCUCGCGCCACUAAUCAUUACUGGCAUUGUAUCCCUCAUCUUCGUACCUGGUCCGACUGCUGCAAAGGGAACGCCAAAGUCUUUGAUCUGGAGGCGCAAAUUGUGGGAGUUGAACACAGCAUGGAUGGGUCUCGGACUAUCGCUCGCAACGACCUUCGUGGCUACUGAAGGGCUAAAAGACCUAGGAGGCAAGCCACGACCAUACGCAAUCGCCAGAUGCAACCCUGAUCUCAGUGCCGUCGCUCAAUAUAGAGUUGGUGGGUUAGGCACCAGUUUCGAUAAUACUGGUGCGACACCAAUCCUGGUCAGCUCCGGCAUAUGUCAAGAGCGCGAUCCACUCGUACUCAGAGAAAUCUUCGCCUCAUGGCCUUCUGGUCACUCCAGUUUCAGCUUUGCAGGUCUGCUGUACUUGACCUUAUUCCUCUGUGCCAAGUUUGCGACCGGCCUUCCAUACCAAACUGUUGACAGAAACACUUCCAACGAGAACACCUUUGAGUACGACCAAAACCUUCGUCGUCCAACGAGCUUAUCUGCAGCGUCAAAUUCGAGCAAUUCGUCCAUUACGCGCAAUGGCAACACGACUAUGCCACCACCACCCAGAAACAGCGGUGCCGCACCACCAGUAUACCUCUUGUUGCUGACUAUUUUCCUCCCUAUCGGUACAGCAAUCUUCAUCUGUGUAAGUCGAUGGCUUGACUUUCACCAUCACGGAAUUGAUAUUCUUUCUGGUGCAUUCAUCGGUGCAUUCAGUGCCACAUUAUCGUUCCGUUACUACCAUAUGUCCAUCCGACGUGGUUCGGGCUGGAGCUGGGGUGCGAGAAGUCGAGGACGAGCAUUCUGGGUCGGAGUAGGACGAGAUGGCUAUGUAGGAGAAGAGGGCUGGACCACUGGAAAGAACGAUAUGGCGCGACGAAAAGACAUCGAAACUGGGCAGCACGGUAUGGUUCACAAGCACGAGGAUGUACUUGGAGCUGGAGUUGCGGAUACAAGAACAGAUCAAAACAUGAAUGUUGACGAGAGAUAUGCCCCAGGACCUUCAGCCUCUGGCCAUGCAAGUCGGGGUGCCGUUGUCUAG